AUGAAUUUCACUGGAUUUCUAACCGUCACUCCACCGUCAUUACCCAUAAGCAGAAAAUCGAAGGUACACAAGAACCCUUCUGUUCCUUGCUGCUCAACUUCUGGUUGUACGUACACUAGCAGUGAACCAGAAACUGCAAAAAAAUUUAGCUAUAGUAGAGCCUCACCAUCUGUGAGAUGGCCCAACUCAAAAUUCACAGAUACCCAUAAGUAUUUACACGAUUCCUCAUUCAUUGUUAACCCUCCCCCACUGACCGAUGUUGGAAUUGUACAAGAUUCUGAGGGUAAAGAUAAAAUUGGAAUAGAAAGUGAAGAGGAGUUAUUUACCGUGAAUAGAAUGAAUGACGAAUAUGUUGAUGUUUUGGAUAGGAGGAUUAGUAGGAAUACGGUAAAGAAAAUGAAUAAAUUGGCAUUGAAGAGGGCAAAAGAUUGGCAAAAGAGAGUACAAUUUUUGACCGAUAGGAUUUUAGAAUUGAAGUCUGAGGAGUUUGUAGCCGAUGUUUUGGACAAGAAGAUGGUGCAAAUGACCCCUACUGAUUUUUGCUUUCUGGUGAAAUGGGUUGGUCAGUCUAGUUGGCAAAGAGCGUUGGAGGUUUUUGAGUGGUUAAAUCUUCGGCAUUGGUAUUCUCCCAAUGCUCGAAUGCUUGCCACAAUACUUUCCCUGCUCGGAAAGGCAAACCAGGAAGCGUUGGCUGUGGAGAUUUUUGCUCGGGUGCAGCCUUCGGUAGGUAAUACAGUCCAAGUUUACAAUGCGAUGAUGGGGGUUUAUGCUCGGAAUGGUCGGUUUGCCAAGGUUCAGGACUUGCUUAAUUUGAUGAGAGAACGUGGCUGUGAGCCAGACCUUGUGAGUUUUAAUACUCUGAUAAAUGCACGUUUGAAAUCAGGGCCUAUGACACCAAACUUGGGGAUUGAACUCUUAAGUGAAGUGAGAAGGUCAGGGAUUCGACCUGAUAUAAUUACUUAUAACACUCUUAUCAGUGCUUGUUCACGCGAGUCCAAUUUGGAGGAGGCUACAAAGGUUUUUGAUGACAUGGAAGCGCACAAAUGUCAACCUGAUUUAUGGACUUAUAAUGCCAUGAUUUCUGUGUUUGGAAGAUGUGGAUUGGCUGGUGAGGCAGAACGGCUCUUUAAAGAGUUGGGAUCAAAGGGUUUUUUCCCCGAUGCAGUUACAUACAAUUCGGUACUCUAUGCAUUUGCAAGAGAAGGGAAUUUAGAGAAGGUGAAGGAAGUUUGUGAAGAGAUGGCGAAGAUGGGAUUUGGUAAAGAUGAGAUGACUUAUAAUACUAUCAUUCAUAUGUAUGGGAAGCAGGGUAAGUAUGAGCUUGCAUUGCAAAUUUACAGAGACAUGAAAUUCUCUGGCCGAAAUCCUGAUGUAGUGACGUAUACUGUUCUUAUUGAUUCUCUUGGGAAAGCAAAUAAGAUGACAGAAGCUGCAAAUGUGAUGUCAGAGAUGCUAAAUACUAGUGUUAAACCUACGUUGCGUACUUACAGUGCUUUGAUCUGUGGCUAUGCAAAGGCUGGAAAACGAGUGGAAGCAGAAGAGAUGUUUGAUUGCAUGCUGCAGUGUGGAAUUAAACCAGACAAUUUAGCGUACUCAAUCAUGCUGGAUAUCCAUUUAAGAUCAAACGAUGCCAAAAAAGCAAUAUUGUUGUACCUUGAAAUGGUUCGCAAUGGUUUUGCCCCAGAUCUUCUUCUAUACGAGGCACUGCUCCGGGUGCUUGCCAAAGAAAACAAAGAAGAAAUUAUCCAGAAAGUGUCCCAGGAUCUGGAAGAAUUGCAUGGCUUGGGCCCAGAAAUGAUUUCAUCUUUACUCACUAAGGGAGAAUGCUAUGACCAUGCAGCUAAAAUGUUGAGAAUAGCAGUUAAGCAGGGUUACAGUUUUGACCGAAAUGUCUUAUUUUCAAUUUUGAGUUCGUACAGUUCAUCUGGACGAUACUCUGAAGCAACAGAGUUGUUAAACUUUAUAAAGGAGCAAACCUCUGGAUCCCGGAAGUUUAUAACUGAGGCCUUAAUUGUUAUUCUCUGCAAAGCUCACCAAUUGGAUGCUGCUUUAGAUGAGUACUCCAAAAAUAAUAACUUAUGUUUUUCUGACGGGAGUUUUGCCAUGUACGAGUCCCUGAUCGAGUGCUGCAAAGAGGAACGCAUUUCUGAAGCUUCUCAAAUAUUUUCUGACAUGAACUUCUGUGGGGUUGAACCUUCCAAGAACAUAUACCAAAUAAUGGCUACUAUAUAUUGCAGAAUGGAUUUUCCAGAGACGGCACAACACUUGGUUGAUCGUGCUGAAAUAAAGGGAAUUCCUGUUUGCAAUAUCUCAAUUUGUACUGACCUCAUUGAGACUUAUGGAAAACUGAAGCAACUGGAGAAAGCAGAGAGUGUUGUGGGAAGGUUGAGACAGAAAUGUAGUGUAGUGGACCGUAAAGUUUGGAAUGCUUUGAUAAAAGCUUACGCUGCAAGCGGUUGCUAUGAGAAAGCAAGAGCUGCUUUUAAUACAAUGAUGAGAGAUGGUCCUUCCCCAACAGUGGAUACAAUUAACGGUCUCUUGCAAGCACUUAUUGCUGAUGGAAGAUUAAAUGAGCUUUAUGUUGCGAUUCAGGAUCUUCAAGAUAUGGGUUUUAAAAUUAGCAAGAGUUCUAUCGUUUUGAUGCUGGAUGCUUUUGCACAAUCUGGUAACAUAUUUGAAGUGAAGAAAAUAUACCAUGGAAUGAAGGCUGCAGGGUAUCUUCCUACCAUGCAUCUCUAUAGAGUUAUGAUUGGGUUGCUGUCCAGGGGAAAACAAGUAAGGGAUGUUGAGGCCAUGGUCAUUGAGAUGCAGGAAGCAGGAUUCACACCUGAUCUUUCAAUAUGGAAUUCAAUGCUUAAUCUGUAUACAAAUAUCAAAGAUUAUAAGAAGACAGUUGAAGUUUACCAGUGGAUACAAGAAUCUGGACUUAAACCGGAUGAGGAAACUUACAAUACUUUAAUACUGAUGUACUGUAGAGAUUGUAGGCCUGAAGAAGCUCUUUCAUUGAUGCAUGAAACGAGACGGCUUGGUCUAGAACCUCACUUGAACACCUACAAAAGCCUGAUAGCAGCAUUUUGUAAACAGCUGAAGCUAGAAGAAGCAGAACAACUUUUUGAUGGUCUAAGAACAGAAGGAAUCAAACUCGAUCGUUCUUUUUAUCAUUUAAUGAUGAAAAUGUAUAGAAGCUCUGGAAACCACUCUAAAGCUGAAAAGCUACUAGUCACUAUGAAGGAAUCAGGAGUUGAGCCCACCAUUGCUACAAUGCAUCUGCUCAUGACCUCUUACGGCAGCUCAGGGCAUCCCAUAGAGGCAGAAGAAGUGCUUAAUAAUUUAAAAUCAAAUGGGGCAGAACUUAGUACUCUACAUUACAGUUCUGUCAUUAAUGCUUAUCUCAAAAAUGGUGAUUUCAACAUUGGCAUUCAGAAACUCGCGGAGAUGAAAACAGAAGGUAUAGAUCCAGACCACAGGAUAUGGACUUGUUUCAUUCGCACUGCAAGUUUGUGCCACUCUACUAGUGAAGCCACUACACUCUUAACUGCUAUUAGAGAUGCUGGUUUUGAUAUUCCUCUCAGGCUUCUGACAGAGAAUUCAGAGUUGCUGUUGUCAGAGAUAGACUGUUAUCUUAAGAAACUAGAACCCAUAGAAGACAAUGCUGCUUUUAACUUUGUCAAUGCUCUAGAGGAUUUAUUGUGGGCUUUUGAACACCGCGCUACUGCCUCGUGGAUUUUCCAACUAGCAAUUAAAAGAAACAUUUAUCACCAUGACGUGUUCAGAGUGGCUGACAAGGAAUGGGGAGCUGACUUUAGAAAGUUAUCUCCCGGUGCUGCUCUUGUUGGUCUAACUCUAUGGCUUGACCUCAUGCAGGAUGCAUCCUUGGAGGGGUUUCCUGAAUCCCCGAAGUCUGUAGUACUGAUUACAGGGACAUCAGACUACAAUAAGGUUUCUUUAAACAGCACAUUGAAGGCAUACCUUUGGGAAAUUGGGUCUCCAUUUCUUCCCUGUAAAACUCGGAGUGGAGUCCUUGUAGCGAAAGCUCAUUCCUUGAGAAUGUGGUUGAAGGAUUCCCCAUUCUGUCUGGACCUCGAGUUGAAAGAUAACCCUGUGCUUCCAGAGACAAACUCAAUGCAACUCAUGGAAGGGUGCUUUAUUAGACGUGGUCUCGUUCCUGCUUUCAAGGACAUAAAUGAGAGGCUUGGGCAAGUAGCACCUAAAAAGUUUGCUAGGCUUGCCUUGCUUUCAGAUGAGGAAAGAGACAAAGUUAUUAGGGCUGACAUUUCGGGGAGGAAAGAGAAGUUAACCAAGUUGGGAAGAAUCGGGAAGAAUAUCUCGAAAUUCAGUAAUAGAAAACUCGCAACUGCUGUUCCUUCAAAACCAGAAAAUUGA